AUGGAUGUGGCUCCUCCUCUGAUGAAUUCUUCAGGCUUACUUCCAACCGGUUCUUUGUUAGAAUCGUUGAUUCAAAUCUCGAAUGAAGUAUCAUCCAUGGAAAAGAUUCCAACUACACAAUCCAAAAAUGUUUCAAUUAUGAUAAGAAGGAUCAAACUUCUUUCAUCACUGUUUGAAGAAAUUCAAGAAACAAACACUCAACUUCCGCCUUCGUCUAUCUUGUGUCUCACUGAGCUUUAUUCAGUGAUUAGGAGGGUGAAAUCAUUGAUACAAGUGUGUAAAGAAGGUAGCUGUCUAUGGAACCUUAUUCGAGUAGAGAGCAUUUCAAAUCAGUUUUAUGUGACUGUGAAGGAAAUGAGUAGAGCUUUAGAUAUCUUACCACUUAGCUUGUUGAAGAUAGCUGCAGACACAAGAGAACAAGUUGAACUUCUUCAUAAACAAGUCAAACGAGUUGACUUGUUGGUUGAUUGUAACGAGAUUCAAAGAAGAGACGAGCUUCUUCAAGUAAUGAUGUCUAGCAGUUCCAAAAGCAGCAAAAGUAAAGGAAUCACUGACUUUGGGAAAGUCAAAGUGAUUAUGACUGGAAUUGGUUUGAAAACACCACUUGAUUAUGAAGAAGAGAUUUCAAAGCUUGAGGCUGAAGCAGAGAAGCAAGCAGGGACAGGGGGGCUUAUCGUGGUAUCCAAUAUAAACAAUCUCAUUUCACUCGUUUCAUUAUCGAAAGCAAUGGUUUUCAACAAAGAAGAUCACAAGAUAGCUGAAGGGGAAAGUACCGAUAACAACUCCCCACUGAGUUACUAUCCUUCUUCCCAAUCAAUGAUCAUCAACAUUCCAGACGAAUACCGUUGCCCAAUUUCACUUGACCUAAUGAGGGAUCCAGUGAUAGUAGCAUCAGGCCACACCUACGACAGAGUCUCAAUCGCACAAUGGAUCAACUCUGGGCACCAUACAUGUCCCAAAAGUGGACAAAGGCUCAUCCAUAUGGCACUCAUUCCAAACUAUGCACUCAAAAGCUUGAUCCACCAGUUUUGCCAGGAAAACAACAUACCAUUAACCGAUCCUGAAUCAUCAAGUUCUUCUUCGUCUCAUCUUGAAAGAACCCCAAGUAUGAAGCGGAAGUUACCUGAAAAAGCAGUUGAUCACAUUUCUGCAACAAAAGCUGCCAUGGAUGCUGUAAAGAUGACAGCAGAAUUCUUAGUGGGUAAAUUAGCAAUGGGUUCGAUUGAUAUCCAAAGGCAAGCAGCAUAUGAAUUGAGAUUACUAGCCAAAACUGGGAUGGACAAUAGGCGGAUAAUUUCAGAGGCGGGUGCAAUUCCUUUUUUGGUAACAUUACUUUCGUCACAUGAUCCAAGAAUACAAGAAAAUGCAGUCACGGCACUUCUGAACCUUUCCAUAUUUGACAACAAUAAGGUGUUGAUAGUGGCUGCAGGAGCAAUAGACAGCAUAGUAGAUGUUCUAAAUUCAGGUAAAACAAUGGAGGCUAGGGAAAAUGCAGCAGCUACAGUAUUCAGCUUAUCGAUAAUUGAUGAUUAUAAAGUGAUUAUUGGUAGCUGUCCAAAAGCUAUUCCAUCAUUGGUUGGGCUGUUGAAAGAUGGAACUACAGCAGGCAAAAGGGACGCUGCAACAGCAUUGUUUAAUCUUGCGGUUUAUAGUGUAAAUAAAGUGAGCGUUGUUCUUUCAGGGGCGGUACCUCUUUUAAUUGAUUUGUUGAUGGAUGAUAAGGCAGGAAUUACUGAUGAUGCAUUGGCGGUGCUUUCUUUGCUAUUGGGUUGUUCCGAGGGACUUGAAGAAAUAAGGAAGAGUAAAAUUUUGGUUCCAAUUCUGAUUGAUCUUUUAAGAUUUGGAUCUCCAAAGGGAAAGGAGAAUUCGUUAACUUUAUUAUUGGGGCUGUGUAAAGAUGGUGGUGAUGAAGUUGCUAGAAGACUAUUGAUGAACCCAAGAAGCAUACCAUCUCUUCAAAGCUUGGCUGCUGAUGGAUCUAUGAAAGCUCAAAGAAAGGCUGAUGCUCUGCUUAGAUUGCUCAACAGAUGCUGCUCGCAGUCUCGAAGUCCUGUUGAAUGAAGCACACAGAGAUUGAUUAAUUGCAAAUUGAAAAUUGAAAAUGUAUAUUCAUGGAGAUUGACAUACAGAAAAUGUUGUAUUUAUAUGUUCUUGUGAAUCAACCCACUUUUAAUGCAUAAAGUG